AUGCCAGAGAACAAAUGUCUUGCAAAUUUAUCAACCGCAGUACCUGAAGAAGAGUACACAGCGAAACUUCUGCAGAUUCAAGGCAGCUUACUUAUUGCUUCGCUGACAUUCUUUAUUGUGGGGUCAACCGGUUUAGUGGGGCUGUUUGCCAAACUUGUCGGGCCGGUCACCAUAACACCACUUCUCAUAUGGCUAUGCCUUGGAAUUGUGCCAACAAUGCACGAAAAGAUGAGUCUUCAUUGGAUCUCGAUAGUGACUUUUGGAAUUCUUAUUGUUAUGGGCAUUUUCCUUGAGAACUUUUACGUUCCAUUUCCUUACUUUUCUUUUUCUGAGAGGUCUUGGAAAAUGGCAAGAUCAAGAAUAUUCGGUCAGUUCCCCUACUUGAUAGCAAUAGCGACAUCAUGGCUUAUUUGUUUCCUUCUCACGACUACUGGUGCGGAACCAGAAGGCGGAGUUGCAAGAACGGACAGAAAUCAAACUGUGGCUGUCCUCAAACAUUCUCCAUGGUUUCAGGUACCCUAUCCAGGACAAUUUGGCCUGCCACAAGUAUCAGUGGGACUCACGUUAGGAUUCGUAGCAUCAUGCAUUGCAUGCAUGAUGGAAAGUAUUGGUGACUACAAAACAUGUGCCAAGAUAUCUCAUCAACGAUCCCCUCCGUCCUCCUCAGUAAAUCGCGCAAUUAUUGUUGAAGGAAUCGGCAGUCUAAUAGGUGCUUCGGUUGGGCUUGGUACUGGCAUCACUGCCUAUGCUGAGUGCAUCGCCCUGAUGAACGUAACCAGGGUAGUCAGCCGCUCCACAAUGCAAAUUGCUGCCGUGCUGCUCAUCCUGACCGGGCUUUUCACCAAAUGUGCUGCAGUGUUAGCUUCGAUACCAGACGCAGUGAUUGGAGGCAUACUUGCCAUGGGCAUCGCUAUGAUAUGCGGUGUGGCAAUGGGUAAUCUGCAGAAUGUCGAUCUGCGAUUAACACGUAACCUCACAAUCAUGGGAACAGCAAUUUUGAUGGGAGCACUAGUUCCCCAUCACUUUGAGAACAAUAAAGUUAAUUUCGGAGUGAAGACCCUGGAUGAUUGUUUGAAUAUGCUGUUAAGCAUUCGGAUGCUCAUUGCAGCACUCGUCGGCUUUAUACUGGAUAAUACAGUACCAGGCGCUACAAGAGAGCAAAGGGGAUUUGCUGUAAAGGAUUCAGAUGCAAGCAUAGCUGCUGCAGAUGAUGGAUAUGCGCUACCUAUGUUACUGCAGAAACUGCUCCUAAAAUAUCCUCGUCUGUGUAAACUACCGUUUUUGCCAUCAAAGAGGAGCCUCCUUGUUUCAAGUGGCAGUUCUGAUACGAUGUCGUGA